GAGGGCGGGAAGACACUCAUUCCUUAUUCCUUCUUCGUUCUACGUUCUACAACGUGUGCUUUGAAUAAUGCACACAAGUCUAAUUCUGGGAAUCGAUAAGAAUCAACUUAUAUUGUUUGUUUUGCGACUGUUGGCAUACUAGAUUUUAGAUUGCCCAAGCUGUUUCAUCAGCAAUAUUCAUAAAUAUGGCGGUUGAUGUGGUAAAGAAAUUAUCAAAGUUGCUGCAAUCAAAUAGUAAUAGUCAACAACAAAAGGAUGCGUUGCAACAAACCGUUGAUAAACUAAGCAGAGAAGAUAUUCUGAAAGCGAUUCCUGAUGUUGUCCAUUCUAAUGGGGCACCAAAUUUAAUACGCCUUAUCUUUGAAGGAUUGUCUAACACUACUCAGCACAGAAGCAACUUGCUGCUCAAUGUGAUGAAAUCUAUAUUAACUGAGUUGUGUGACAGUGAAGCUGUACCAGAAAACUGUGCAGUUGACAUCGUCCAUCUCAUGAGUUUGAACAGCCAUGAUUUAAGCAGUAAUAACUUGGCUGAAUUGGUGCAGCUUUGCUUAUCUUUUAUUGAAAAAGGAAAAAACCUAAAGGGAAAAUGGCUGUCACUCUUUCCGAUGAUAUUUUCUGAAUUAGCAAAACAGAACAGAGUUAAUGUAGAGGGGAAUACUUUAACAGGUGAAGAAUAUUGUAGUGAGAUAAUCAAUUCACUCUGUGAAAUUGAAAUUGCAACAGAUGAUGCAGUAGCAUUUACUGCAGUACUGAGAGAAUUGAAGAUUCCACCCAGCACAGUUAACAAAUUUGUUUUAAAAUUGUGCACCAUUGUACCUGAGAUGGAACCACAAGAAGUGCCUCCAUUUGUUUACCAACUACUUUUCUUGUGUUAUCAGUCAGAUCAUCUUGUCCCAUUGCAGCACUUGACAAAAUAUUUUGAUUACAAGCUGAGAAGAUGUGGUCAAAUUGCUAAUUUGUCAAGCUCUAGAGGAAAUUCAAUGGAUAUAGAAAGUGAAAUAGAAUCUGGGUCUCCCAAGGAAAUCUUGCAAGCUAAAGCUACUUCCAUUUUUCACAUUUCCCGAGCAGCUGCCACCGGACAUCCACUCGGCAAAGAAUUUGUGAAAUUUCUUCGUAGUAAAGUUGAUGUUCCCGAACUUGUGUUGGACCCUUUCAUACUAGAGGUUGCUUUGUCGUUGGGUGCCCUUCCACAACUUCGAGACAUUAUAGAUUUAUUACGGAAAAUAGUGCAACGCCUUCUUCGAUCCAAUGAAAGACAGCGCCAUUCAUCAUGGAUGAGGGAAUUGAUGUUAGGCAAACAAAUCGAUAUUCAAAAGAUCCUUGAUACCAUUAUGCAACAAGGCACAAGUGAAGGAGAUAACAUUGUCAAAGGGUUUGAACUAUUUGCAUUUGGAUUGUUGGAAAUUCGAACUCCAAGCGCUUUUGGCCGCCCAGGGGUCGCUGGAUCUAGUGCUGCUACAGCAAAUGCAUCGAGUUCAACAGGCUCCACUUCCGCAACUGUAACUGAGCAAUGCUGGCAAAUCGGCUCGCAUAUUCUUUUACAAAUGAUAAGGAAGUUCCCAGACUCGGCCUCCCUCAUUGUUAAGAAGCUCGUAGAGAGACUCCAAGACGUCAGCAACGAUUCACAGUACAUCACAACUAUUAGCUUGAUGGUCCAACAUAACCCGCUUAGCAUGUUAGAAUGCAAAUUAUCUUUCACAGCCUUGCUGUACAGUAUGGAAUAUCGGGGACUACCUUCUGCAAAGCGUCUUUACUCGGGUAUCUCACCCUUGUUCCGUUCGUCAGGUGCUCUGCGUGACAGUGCAUUUUUGGUGCUACGCAAACUGCUACACAGUUGUUUGGAAGAAGUAAGGCAGGUUGCAGUGGUGGGUUUUCUCCAAAUUUUGAAAAAUUUUCGGUUCUAUACUCCAACUUUGAGCUCGUCUCAUAGUCAGACUUCCAUGAGUAGUCAAGCUACGGUAGACGUGCAUCAUAGUCAAACAUCGAAUUCUAACAGGGCGUUUUGUGGUGAACUGUUAAAGCUUCUUCAUUGCGCCUUGAGUCAACAAGCAGCAGUUCGCUUGACACUCUAUCAAAAUCUGCCAGAAGUAGUUUCACGUAAUCCUGAACUUCUCCCCGAAUGCAUCAAGAUGUUGCGUUGUCAUUUGAAGUUUUUUGUUGAUCCCGAAGCGCUCAUCCAAGUAGAAAUGUGUGUCUCCAAGGAUGGCCAUGAUUCCCAUGUGGUAGAGCCGUUAGGGCACUUAAUUCAAUCCAUUCUGCAAACCAUUUUGCGAAGCGGCAAGAAUCAACACAUUACAAAAGAAGACAUUGAUCCCAAGAGCGAAGACCAAGUAGAUCUUGGAGUGCUGUCAGUAAGAAAAGCGGUCACCAGCGUGGCCGAAUCUUCAUUUGAUGAUUACACGCUAGGGGAUGUCCAGGAACCAUGCGCCCACUUAAAGGUCCAGAUUUUGUCAUCUGUUUGUGUUGCGUUGGCCGACUUCUGUCUCGCUCAAAAUGCCACGACUAGUAUACCAGCGGCAAAACGUCUAGUCCAGUUGUACGAUAUGCACGCCCGUUUCGAUGCACUUCUCACGGAAUCUUCCGGUAAAGGAAAAGGAAAAGGCAAGGCUCCCAAGAAAGCGAAAAACAACAAAGACAAAGAAAACUCUGUCGAAGAAUCGCCUCAAAAGGAUGAAGCUCCGAAAGCGCCAAAGAAGAUUUUUGAAAUGAGCACUCUAAGUCUACAUAGUAUUGCUCUUUUCAUCAACUUUUUGAACGAGAGUGAUCGUGCCAAUCGCAACGAAGAAGAUAUAUUCAAGUUUUUCAAAUCGCAAAAUGGACUGCGUCUUUGGGUCGUCCAGUCAGCGCUGACUAAAUAUCAGGCAUUUCGUAAUACCGGAGAUAUAGAAGGACUAAGUGCUGAAAGUGUGUCUAAAUUCAGUGGAUCUAUUGGAUGUGCCUUACUGCUCCAUUGCCAAAAAGCAACGAAAUUACCCGAAGGUCCUCUUUCAGUCAUGUACUGUGCUGCCUUAAAUUGCCUUCUUGAAAUAAUUCAAGGAUUUUGUAAGCACCAUCCUACUAAACUGGGGCGUUUGUUGAUGGCUAUGGAUCAAGUGGACAGACCAGCUGCGGCAGUGCCAUUGGAAAAUCAAAUUUCGAAGUCUUUGAAGCACUUUAAAGAUUUACUUAACCAUUUGUUGUCGGGAAGAGAGAACGAAGACCUCGUCGCGAAAGCAGUUGUACCUGUUGUUGGCACAUUGACUGUUCUAUCAGAUCAGUUAGACCCCGCCGGCACUGAAUAUGCAGAAUUGUUCAAUUGGAUGCACAGACUUUGCAAAGAUGUUGAGUGCACCGACCCAUCUAUUGUCAAAGUCCUCAUCAAUCUUCUUACCCACUUAAACAUGGCAUCAGAAUCCAGUCCAAGCACUUUGGAUGAGCUCGCUCGUGAAAUUUGUCUUGCUAUUGGUACCUUGGACGACGAAGAUGAGGCGGGACCGAACAAGUUAUCAACAGUUAACGAAGAAACAGCCGCUGUUGUUCUAACUGUGCUGAUAGCAAGAUUGGAUCAACUAAUUCAAGUUGUCGAGUGGGCAUUGCCUAGAAUUGGAGCUGUCGAUCGUGGAGACGCAUCGCCAGUUGUUGAACAAUCAAUUUACGCACGGCUGAAAUUAGUCGCCGUAGCGCUAAGUAAGCUAGUUAUUGCAGACAUACGACCUGGUCCCAACUCUGAACUGAUUCUUAAACUAACGAUUACAUUUUACACGACGAUGAGUCGCGUCGCAAAGAAACAAAUCAAAGUAAUAAUUCCUGCAUUCCGAAGCUUGGUCAGAUCGAUUGCUACUCAGUUGACAACAAAUCUCAACACUUUUAUCGCGCAUCUUGAUGAGAAGAAAACCGAAGAGAAAGGCGUGAAGCGCAAGAAAGGAGAUAAAGAUAAAGUUAUCGCCCCAAAGAUGGACAGAAGUGCUCGGUCUAUACCAGCCCUAACCUACGCUUCGGAACAAUACAAUCAAGCCAUAUUGGGAGUUACCAAACGCACAAAGGAAGACCUAUCGUUUGGAUCCAAACUGGGUACUACAAGGGAUUUCAGAAUCAAAGCUGAUAAAGUCAACGAAGCAUUGGAAGGUAAUGCUCAGAAAUCAGCAUCGGAACCAGAGGAGUCGGAGGAUGACGAAAUCGAAGCAACCAACAGCGGAAAUAGAUCAGGGCUCAACGAAAGCCGCGGAAGGGGUACAGCAAGACGCUCUCGAGGAAGAGGACGUGGAAAAUUCACAUCUGUUGGCAAGGCUCAUGCUUCCAAAUAACUUCCUUUAUAUCUGUACGUUUAGUUGCGCUUCCCAGUAUUUUAAGUUGUCUUCAGACUUUUUACUGUUUUCGCCAAUUUUGUUUUGUGGAAAUUUUCUGGUGUCGCCAACUCGAAGAAUUUAUAUUUUCAUUAAUCGCUCAUUCAUUACACAGUUUAUAUGGA